CCUCGAACACUCUCUCUCUCCACACACACAUACUCACACACACUCUCUCUCUUUCUUCUUCCCUCUUCCAAUUUUCCAGAAUCUAGGGUUCCGAGUUUCAAUCCCUAAAUCUCCGUCUCACUGUCAUGAAUCUCUAGGGUUCACGUCCUCCGUUCACAUUCUCUCCGGGCUAAAAUGAGUCCUCCUCUCCACACUACUCUCGCUCUCUGCUUCAUCUCUCUCCUCCUCCUCCUCCUCCUCGGUGCCAACGCCGUGACCGAGCCCGAGCUCCGAUCUCUACUCGAGUUCCGCAAAGGCAUCCGCGACGAGGCCUCUAACCAGCGCAUCUCAUGGUCCGCCACGAGCAGCCUCACCGACCCCUCCACUUGCCCCGAGAACUGGCCCGGUAUCUCCUGCGACGCGGAAACCGGUUCGAUCGUCGCAAUUAAUCUCGACCGGCUCGGUUUAUCCGGAGAGCUUAAAUUCAGCACGCUAACCGGUCUCACCUCGCUCCGCAACCUCACUCUAUCCGGAAACAACUUCUCGGGUCGGGUCGUCCCUUCCCUCGGAGCCAUCUCGUCGCUCCAGCGGUUAGAUCUGUCGGAUAACGGAUUCUACGGGCCUAUCCCGGGUCGGAUCUCGGAUCUCUGGAACUUGAAUUACCUCAAUUUGUCUGCCAACAAGUUCGCGGGCGGGUUCCCGGGCGGGUUCCGUAACCUCCAGCAGCUGAGAUCUCUCGAUUUGCGCGGGAACGAGUUCUGGGGAGACGUUGGCGAGAUUUUCGCGGAGCUGAAGAACGUCGAGUACGUUGACUUGAGCUCUAACCGCUUCCACGGCGGCUUCUUAGCUUUAUCAAUUGACAACGUCUCCAGCAUCUCCAACACUCUCCGUCACUUGAAUCUGAGCCACAACGCGUUGAACGGAGGAUUCUUCUCCGCGGAUUCGAUUGGUUCGUUCAAGAGCCUCGAGGUUGUUGAUCUGGAGAACAAUCAGAUCAACGGCGAGUUGCCAAGUUUUGGAUCGCAGCCGGGGUUGAAGAUCUUGAAGCUCGCGCGUAACGAGCUGUUCGGUACGGUGCCUGAAGAGCUGCUGCAGAGUUCGAUUCCGUUGCGAGAGCUUGAUCUUAGUCAAAAUGGCUUUACAGGAUCAAUUAGCGAAAUCAAUUCGACGACUUUAACUCUGUUGAAUCUUUCUUCCAACGGCUUGUCUGGGGAGCUUCCAUCGAGUUUUAAAAGCUGCUUAGUGAUAGAUCUGAGUAGGAACACCUUCUCAGGAGAUGUGUCUGUUGUUGGAAAGUGGGAAGCUACUCCAGAGUUUCUUGAUCUGAGCUCAAACAACUUGUCAGGAGCGUUGCCGAACUUCACUACUGCGUUUUCAAGAUUAAGUGUGUUGAGCAUCAGGAAUAACUCUGUCUCCGGUGGCUUGCCUUCUCUGUGGGACGAUUCAGGGGCUUCUCAAUUCUCUGUGAUUGAUCUCAGCUCGAAUAAGUUCAGCGGCUCGAUCCCGCAAAGCUUCUUCGCUUUUGCAAGCUUGAGAAGUUUGAAUCUUUCUAUGAAUAGCUUGGAAGGGCCGAUUCCUUCUCGUGGCUCGCGUGCUAGUGAGCUUAUGGCUAUAAGUUCUGAUCCUCAGAUGGAGUUGCUUGAUCUCUCGACCAAUUCUUUGACUGGUGCGUUGCCUGGAGAUAUAGGUACGAUGGAGAGAAUUAGAGUGCUGAAUGUUGCUAAUAAUGAGCUGUCCGGGGAACUUCCAAUCGAACUCAACAAGCUUACUAGCCUUGAGUUUCUUGACUUGUCAAACAAUGAUUUCAAUGGUCAAAUUCCUGAGAAGCUUCCUUCCGGAAUGGCGAGAUUCAAUGUGUCAUACAACGACCUAUCAGGGACCAUUCCGGAGAACCUUAGAAGCUACCCACAUUCAUCGUUUUAUCCUGGUAACUCCAAGCUACGUCUCCCAGGUGGGACUCCAUUGGGUUCUUCUAAUGGUGUGCUGGCUGUGCAUGAGAAAGCACAUGAUCAUCGUUGGAGGCUUAGCAUAAAGAUAGCUAUCAUUGUUGCUUCAGUUGGAGCAGCUGUUAUGGUUCUUGUUGUUUUGUUUGUCUACCAUCGAACACAGCUCAAGGACUUUCAUGUGAGGAACCAAGCCACGAAUAGAGACACCAAAUUUGGACGCUCUUCUCGCCCCUCUUUUCUCAACUUCACCUCAAACGCUGAACACCAGUCAUCAUCUUUGAGCUUCUCAAACGACCACUUGCUCACCGCAAAUUCAAGGUGGUUAUCCGGGAUACCAGGAUCCGAACCUGAAAUAACUGAGCAGGCUUUACCAGCUACUUCAAUCCCCAACCUCCUUGAUGAUUACCCGGCCACAUCUGGACGGAAGUCUUCUCCAGGAGGCUCCCCUCUAUCCUCGCCCCGUUUUAGCGACCAGCCUGUGAUGUUAGAUGUGUACUCACCUGAUCGUCUGGCUGGAGAACUCUUCUUUUUAGAUGUCUCACUAAAACUAACGGCGGAGGAGUUAUCACGAGCUCCUGCAGAAGUUCUAGGUAGAAGCAGCCACGGGACGCUAUACAAAGCAACUCUGGAUAACGGGCAUAUGUUAACCGUGAAAUGGUUGAGAGUUGGACUCGUGAGGCAUAAGAAAGAUUUUGCCAAGGAAGCUAAAAAAAUAGGGUCGCUAAAACAUCCAAACAUUGUCCCACUGCGAGCAUACUAUUGGGGUCCCAGAGAGCAAGAAAGGCUUCUUCUCUCUGAUUACAUGGGAGGAGAAAGCUUGGCCAUGCAUCUAUACGAGACUACUCCUCGGAGGUAUUCUCCAAUGUCUUUCACCCAAAGACUAAAAGUUGCGGUUCAAGUGGCGCAAUGUCUUCUUUACCUUCACGAUAGGGCGAUGCCACACGGGAACUUAAAGCCAACAAACAUAAUCCUCACGAGUCCUGAGAACACUGUGAGAAUAACAGAUUACUGCAUUCACCGUCUGAUGAGUUCAUCUGGUGUAGCGGAGCAGAUACUAAACAUGAGUGCGCUCGGUUACUCAGCUCCUGAACUUGCAUCAGCUUCAAAACCAGUUCCAACGCUAAAAUCCGAUGUCUAUGCGUUUGGAGUGAUUCUUAUGGAGCUUUUGACUAGACGGAGCGCAGGUGACAUAAUCUCAGGCCAAUCAGGAGCCGUUGAUCUGACGGAUUGGGUGCGGUUGUGUGAUCAAGAAGGUAGGAGAAUGGAUUGCAUAGACAGGGACAUUGCAGGUGGGGAAGAAUUCUCAAAGGCAAUGGAGGAUGCACUUGCUAUUGCAAUCAGGUGCAUUGCCUCUGUAAAUGAAAGGCCUAACAUCAGCCAAGUUCUUGAUCUUCUUAGCUCAUUAUCUUCUUGAGAUUUGUUUUUUUUUUUGGGUUCUUUUGUAUAUCUCCAUGGAUAUAUCUUCAUCCAUCAUCUCUUUUUUUUCUUUCUGGUUUUAUGUUUCUUUAGUAGUUUGAUCAGAUGAUUCAGAUCCUCAGGUGUUCUUACAUUUUUAUAUUUUUUGUUGAUUAUUUUUCCCUCCCUUUGUAAAGGUAGAAGAAAAACUAAUCCCAUUGAUUCUGACAGAACAAAGUUUGGGUUUGGUUUA